AGGGGCGUAUUCACGUCGGCCGCGCGGGACCGUUAAAUUUGAAACUUGGAGGGUUUGAGGUGGCUGGUUUGCUAAGGAAGUAGGUGCAAACUUUUGUCCCUCUGGUCGCUUCGUUACCUCGAAGGGCAAGUUGCAGAAGGAAGCCCAGGCGGUCUGCGACCCUGAAGAAAGGCCUGCGGCAGGACGAGGGCCUGAACCGGGAAUGCAGGAUGGCGGCGAUGAAGAAGGAAGGGGGUGCCCCGAGUGAAGCCAUGUCCUUGGAGGGAGAUGAGUGGGAGCUGAGUAAAGAAAAUGUCCAACCGUUAAGGCAGGGGCGGAUCAUGUCCACACUUCAGGGAGCAUUGGCGCAGCAAGAAUCUGCCUCUAAUGCUACUCUUCAGCAACAGAAACGGGCAUUUGAAUCUGAAAUUCGAUUUUACACUGGGAAUGACCCUCUGGAUGUUUGGGAUAGGUAUAUUAACUGGACAGAGCAGAACUAUCCUCAGGGGGGGAAAGAGAGUAAUAUGUCAACAUUAUUAGAAAGAGCUGUUGAAGCACUACAAGGAGAAAAACGAUACUAUAAUGAUCCCCGAUUUCUUAGUCUUUGGCUUAAAUUGGGGCGUUUAUGCAAUGAGCCUUUGGAUAUGUACAGUUAUUUACAUAGCCAAGGGAUUGGUGUUUCACUUGCUCAGUUCUAUAUCUCAUGGGCUGAAGAAUAUGAAGCUAGAGAAAACUUUAAGAAAGCAGAUAAGAUAUUUCAGGAAGGGAUUCAACAGAAGGCCGAACCACUGGAACGACUGCAGUCACAGCACCGACAAUUCCAAGCUCGGGUGUCUCGGCAAACUGUGUUGGCACUUGAGAAAGAAGAGGAGGAGGAAGUUUUUGGGUCUUCUGUACCACAACGAAGCACACUGGCUGAACUAAAAAGCAAAGGGAAAAAGACAGCAAGAGCUCCAAUCAGCCGUGUCGGAGGUGCUCUUAAGGCUCCAAACCAGAACAGAGGACUCCAAAAUCCAGUUCCUCAACAGAUGCAAAGUAAUUCCAGAAUUACUAUUUUUGAUGAAAAUGCUGAUGAGGCUUCUAGAGCAGAGUUGUCUAAGCCUACAGUUCAGCCAUGGAUAGCACCUCCUGUGUCCAGGGCCAAAGAGAACGAGCUGCAGCCAGGCCCUUGGAACACAGGCAGGCCUUUGGAAUAUAGGCCUCAUGGUGGUACAGCUUCUGUGACCACUAUACCCUCUCUGCUUCCCAGUUUUACUCCAUAUGUUGAAGAAACUGCACAACAGCCAGUUAUGACACCAUGUAAAAUUGAACCUAGUAUAAACCACAUUCUAAGCUCAAGGAAGCCUGGAAAGGAAGAAGGGGAUCCCCUGCGAAGAGUUCAAAGCCAUCAGCAAGAGUCUCAGGAGAAGAAAGAGAAGAUGAUGUAUUGUAAGGAAAAGAUUUAUGCCGGAGUGGGGGAGUUCUCCUUUGAAGAGAUCCGGGCUGAAGUUUUCCGGAAGAAAUUAAAAGAGCAAAGGGAAGCUGAGCUACUGACCAGUGCAGAGAAGAGAGCAGAAAUGCAGAAACAGAUUGAAGAGAUGGAGAAGAAGCUGAAAGAAAUUCAAACUACUCAGCGAGAAAGAAUGGGUGAUCAGCAAGAAGAGAAGAUGCCUACAAAGGAGACAGCUGAACUGCAAAUUGCUUCGGAGGCUCAGGAAAUACCAGGAAUGGCUCUAUCCAAUUCUGUUUGUCCAGUAAACUCUUGUGCCAGGGAGACUUCACUUGCUGAAAACUUUUGGCAAGAACCUCAUUCUAAAGGUCCCAGUAUACCUUUCUCCAUUUUUGAUGAGUUUCUUCUUACAGAAAAAAAAAAUACCAGUCAUCCUGGAGAUCCCCCACGGGUUUUAGCCCAACGAAGACCCUUUGCAAUUCUCAAGACUUCAGAAAGCAUCAACUCAAAUGAGGAUGUGUCUCCAGAUGUUUGUGAUGAAUUUACAGGAAUUGAGCCCUUGAGUGAGGAUGCUAUUAUCACAGGUUUCAGGAAUGUAACUAUAUGUCCUAACCCAGAAGACACUUGUGACUUCGCCAGAGCAGCUCGUUUUGUAUCCACUCCUUUUCAUGAGAUAGUGUCCUUAAAGGAUCUCCCUUCUGAUCCAGAGAGACUGCUGCAGGAGGAGGGUCUAGCUGUGAAGAUCUCUGCGGACCAGCAGACUGCUUGUGGCACCAUCUACAAUCCAACUCUCAGUGUCAAGAAGCUCAGCCCAAUUAUUGAAGACAGCCGCGAAGCCACACACUCCUCUGGGCUCUCGGGGUCUUCUGCCUCAGUUACAAGUUCCUCCUCCAUCAGAUGUCUUCAAAUUCCUGAGAAACUGGAGCUUACUAAUGAGACUGCAGACAACCCUACUCAGUCACCCUGGUGUCCACAGUAUCGCAGACAACUACUAAAAUCUCUAAUGGAGCUGAGGGCCUCUGCAGAGUUUUUUAUAGAAGAUAGACCAAUGCCUAAGUUGGAAAUAGAAAAGGAAAUUGAAUUGGGUAAUGAAGAUUAUUGCAUUAAACAAGAAUACCUAAUAUGUGAAGAUUACAGAUUAUUCUGGGUGACACCAAGAAACUCUGCAGAGUUAACCAUAAUAAAGGUAUCAGCUCAACCUGUCCCAUGGGACUUUUAUAUCAACCUCAAGUUAAAGGAACGUUUAAAUGAGGAGUAUGAUCAUUUAUGCAGCUGUUACCAGUACCAAGAUGGUUGUAUUGUUUGGCACCAGUAUAUAAACUGCUUCACCCUUCAGGAUCUUCUUGAACACAGUGAACUUAUUACCCAUGAAAUAAUAGUGUUGGUUAUUUAUAACCUUUUGACAAUAGUGGAGAAAUUGCACAGAGCAGAAAUAGUCCAUGGUGACUUGAGUCCGAGGAGUCUGAUUCUUAGAAACAGAAUCCACGAUCCCUAUGAUUAUAAUAAGAAUGAUCAAGCUUUGAAGAUAGUGGACUUUUCCUACAGUGUUGACCUCAGGGUGCAGGCUGAUGUUUUUAUCCUCAGCGGCUUUCGGACUGUACACAUCCUGGAAGGACAAAAGAUCCUGGCUAACUGUUCUUCUCCCUACCAGGUAGAUCUGUUUGGUAUAGCAGAUUUAGCACAUUUACUAUUGUUCAAGGAACACCUACAGGUCUUCUGGGAUGGGUCCCUCUGGAAACUUAGCCAAAAUAUUUCUGAGCUAAAAGAUGGUGAAUUGUGGAGUAAAUUCUUUGUACGGAUUCUGAAUGCCAGUGAUGAGUCCACAGUGUCUGUUCUGAGGGAACUUGGAGCAGCAAUGAGUGGGGUGUUUGACACCACUUUCCAAAAUCACCUGAACAAAGCUUUGUGGAAGGUAGGGAAGUUAAUCAGUCCCGGGGCUUUGCUCUUUCAGCAGGAUAGGCAACCAAAUCUCUCACAGAUUCCUGCCUAAAACCAGUGGUUGUAUUGUGGAACACUGGACCUGUGUAUGCUGUAAUUCAGUUUAGGACAUGUUUAGAUACACUACCAACACAUUGCUACUUUUGAGUAAAGGUAUAUUUCUAGGUUAACUGGCAUUUUCUGCAUAGCGCUGUAUCUAUUCUUGGCCUUGUCUAACUAACAAAGAAGUGUUUUAUUCUUAAUGGACUGCAUAUGAAUGGGUACCUUAUUGUCAUUUAACACAUUUGUCUCUACUUUUCCCUGUACAUUUUUCUUUUGUAAUUUGUGACAUGUACCCUUAGGAUCACUAUGUGUGUUUUUUUUUGAUCACUAUGUAUUUUUAAGUAAUAAAAUAGUAUUUGUUAAAUUUGUGCUUCUAA